UUGAAGGUACAAUAAUGGAUCCAUACAAUUUUACAAACAGUCCUCUCAGUUACAAUUCAUCCGAGUAUGAAGAUGACUAUGAUGAUUAUGAUGAGGAUACAGAUCUCAGGAAAUCUCUUAACAUCAUGUCACUGAUAGUCUACAGUCUGGCUUUUGUACUUGGAGUUGUGGGGAAUGGCAUUGUCAUUUGGGUUACUGGAUUCAAAAUGAAAAGGACAGUAAACACGGUCUGGUUUCUGAACCUUGCUGUAGCAGACUUCCUCUUCACUGCCUUCCUCCCUCUCAGCGUGGCUUAUACAGCUAUGGGUUUCCACUGGCCUUUUGGUCAGUUCAUGUGCAAAUUCAACAGCACUCUCAGUUUCCUCAACAUGUUUGCCAGUGUGUACAUCCUGGUUGUGAUCAGCGUUGACCGAUGUGUGUCUGUGGUGCGUCCAAUCUGGGCACAAAACCAUCGGAAUGUGAGCCGAGCUUCUGUGGUGAGCUUUGGAGUUUGGUUAUUUGCCCUGGUGCUGAGCUCACCCUACUUUGUGUUCAAGGACACUGCACCCGACCACAGUAACCCAAACAUCAUCAACUGCUUCAACAACUUUGCAUUCUCUGAUGACUAUGAAACACCAAAGGUGGUGGAGCUCCGUAUGCUACGGCAUCGUGCCAUGAUCAUUACCCGUUUCAUCAUAGGCUUUGUGGUGCCUUUCGUGAUCAUCGUCUCCUGCUAUGCGGUCAUCAUCCAUCGUCUCCAAAGAAACCGUUCCAUGUCUGGCCGAACUGGACGUCCCUUCAAAAUCAUUGCUACAGUGAUCACCGCCUUCUUUCUGUGUUGGUCUCCUUACCAUAUCCUGGUGCUCAUUGAGAUGGUAAACCACAUGGGAACAAAAUACAGCUCCACCCUGCAAUAUGUCACCACUGUUGGAAUUCCCAUUGCGACCAGUUUGGCUUUCUUAAACAGCUGCCUGAACCCCCUGUUGUAUGUUUUCAUGGGACAAGACUUUAAAGACAAGGUGCGCAAGUCAAUCCUGAAGGUUUUGGAAACCGCUUUCACAGAGGAAGUUUCACGCACAAAUACCUGCACAAAUUCAAUGCCCACUAUUCGUAACAAAGAGAACGGGAGCAAGUCCUUCUCUGAUGCAGAAGUAUAACUGCAUAGCAUAAAUUAAGCACUUUUCUGAAGGAGGACUUUACAGAGUGUCUCAUGUGUUUAAUGCCAUGAUAAAGAAAAAUGAAACACAGUAACCUGAAGAACUGGAUCAAACGAAAUUUAAAUAGUUUGAAGCUUUACACUAAAACACUGCCUUGCUCUUAUGUGGAUAUGCUUAUAUGAUGCAGAAUUAUUAUAUACAUUUGUGUGUGUGUGUGUGUGUGUGUGUGUGUGUGUGUGUGUGUGUGUGUGUGUGUCUUGUUCAUGCUAUAUUGUGAGGAC